CCGAUUUCAUCUCCUUGACUCUUCUCCUCUUUCAUCAAUCUCUCUGAUCAAACCCUCAAAUCCCCCACAAUUCUCGUCAUUAAAACCCUCCAAUUUCCCCCAAUUUCCGUUAACUAAACCCUCCAAUUCUUCAACGAUGAUGAUGCUCGUGUCCUGCUCAAAUUGCCACACGCAAUUGCAGCUUCCGCCGGGAGCUACAUCGAUAAGAUGCGCCAUAUGUCAAGCCAUCACCAACCUUGGCGAUCCUCGUACCGGAGCUCCGCGGCCUCAUACCGGUGGUUAUCCGGGACCUUCUCCAUCCUCUUAUGCUCCUCAUCAACCCUCGCCUUACAACCACGCUCCGCCAGGGCCUCCGCCGUCUGCACAUGGCAGGAAGAAGGCGGUGAUCGUAGGCAUAUCGUAUAAAUUCUCGAGGCAUGAGCUUAAAGGAUGCAUUAAUGAUGCUAACUGCAUGAAAUAUCUUCUGAUUAAUAAGUUUAAAUUUCCUGAAGCUUCUAUUAUCAUGCUUACCGAGGAACAAACAGACCCUUACAAAAUUCCAACAAAACAAAACAUGAGGAUGGCACUUUUCUGGCUAGUUCAAGGAUGUCAACCAGGCGACUCACUUGUUUUUCAUUAUUCUGGUCAUGGUUCACGACAAAGGAACUACAAUGGUGAUGAGGUUGAUGGAUAUGAUGAAACCUUAUGCCCUCUGGAUUUUGAGACACAGGGUAUGAUUGUUGAUGAUGAAAUUAAUGCAAGUAUUGUUAAACCUCUUCCUUUUGGGGUUAAACUUCAUGCCAUUAUUGAUGCUUGUCAUAGUGGCACUGUACUCGAUCUUCCAUUCCUUUGCAGAAUGAACAGGAGUGGGCAAUAUGUAUGGGAAGAUCAUCGACCUCGGUCAGGUAUAUAUAAAGGUACCAAUGGCGGUGAAGUCAUUUCCAUAAGUGGUUGUGAUGAUGAUCAAACAUCUGCUGAUACAUCUGCUUUAUCAAAGAUCACAUCAACAGGAGCCAUGACUUUUUGUUUUAUUCAAGCCAUAGAACAUGGAAAUGCACAAACUUAUGGACACUUAUUAGCUUCUAUGCGUAACGCCAUCCGUAGUGCAAGAACCGACAUGGGCGGUGGCGGCGGUGGUGGUGGGGCGGUGACUUCUCUUCUCUCUAUGUUACUAACAGGCGGCAGUCUCGCCGGAGGUCUAUCCGGUGGUGGCCUAAGCCAGGAGCCACAAUUGACAGCAUGUGAGCCUUUUGAUGUGUAUGCAAAACCGUUUUCAAUGUAAGUUAUGAUAGUGUGAUUAUUUGAUUAGUUGACAGUUGACCCAUUUAUGAAAAAAGGGGGUUCGGGUUCUUUAUAGAAUUUUGGUGAUAGGUUUAAAAUUUGUGAUAGUAAAGGAUUUUAUUUUAUAUGUUUUGAUUAUUUAUUGUUUUAAGGACUUGGAUGAUUUCGUGUAAAUUUAAUUUAUUUUAUGA